AUGGAUAUCCCACAUCCAUUUAUUAAAACAAUCGAAUGGGAUAUGAUGGACAAAAGGAAAUUUUUUCCUCUUAGCAUGCUAAGUUCGUUCAGCGUAAGAUGCUGUUUAUAUCCAUUAACUGUCAUUAAAACUCGUCUCCAAUUACAAAAACAUGGAGAAAUGUAUGGAGGUACAGUGGAUGCUUUUAAAAAGAUUUAUGCUUUCGAAGGUAUAGCAGGUUUAUAUAGAGGAUUUUGGAUAAGCUCCGUGCAAAUCGUUUCUGGAGUUUUUUAUAUAUCAACAUAUGAAGGAAUAAGACAUAUGAUGGCUCAAAAAAAUAUAGACUGUAGAAUAAGAGCUUUGAUAGGAGGAGGAUGUGCAAGCGUUGUCAGUCAAACGAUUGUCGUACCUUUUGAUAUAAUCAGUCAGCAUUUAAUGGUUUUAGGUAUAAUACAAAAUAAAACUUCUAAAGUUCAGGCAUCUAUUAACGAAUUGGGUGUUGUGAUUGAAGGGAAAUCAUGGAUAAAUAUAACAAAGGAAUUAGUUACUCAAAUUUACAUAAAAGAUGGAAUACAAGGAUUUUAUAGGGGUUAUUUAGCAUCAUUAGCUGCUUAUGUACCAAAUUCUGCAAUGUGGUGGGCUUUUUAUCAUUUUUAUCAGGACGAAAUAAUAAAAAUUUCUCCCAUUUGGAUUUCUCAUCUUUUUGUUCAGUGUAUUGCUGCCACGUUAGGCGGUUUUACAACAACUAUAAUAACAAAUCCAUUAGAUAUAAUAAGAGCUCGAUUGCAGGUACAACGAACAGGUUCAAUGGCGAAAACAUUCCAUGUUUUAUGGACGGAAGAAAAAUUAAGGAUUUUCACGAAAGGUUUAUCGGCGCGUUUAGUACAAUCGGCAACGUUUUCAUUUUCUAUCAUAUUGGGAUACGAAACUAUAAAAAGAUUAUCGGUUACAGACGAAUAUAAACAUCAUAUAAAAUGGUAG